AUGCUAAAAUUUUCAAAACAUGUCGGUCAUAAAAUAAAUAACCCAUAUAGGUUUAUGCCAUAUAAUAUAAAUAAUAUUACAAACAACUUAUACUUUAUUUUCUUAUACAGUUUUAUACCUUAUAAGAACAAACAUAUAUAUAACAAAUGUAAUCUUUAUAUUAUAGAUUUUAAACAAUUCCAUGUACUUCAAGAUUAUAUAGCAGAGAAGGAAAAAAGUACAGGAGAUAAAUCCAUAAAUUAUCAAGAAAAAAAAAAACCAAAACAAAUACGAUACAACCAUAAUAAGGAUAAUAAUAAUAAUAAUAUUAAUAAUGAUAACAACAAUAAUAAUGAUAACAAUAACAAACAUUAUGAUUAUAAUAAGGAGGGACAAAAUAUUGUAAUUAAUGCACAUUACACAUCAUCUUAUUAUAAACAAAACAAAUUUAUUAAUAAUAUAUUCAUAAAUAAUGAUGUAUUCUCAUCCUUACAAAAUAUUUUUUUAUUAAUAAAUAAGAUAAAUAAUAACCUUCUUCAAACAGUACAGUCCAAAUUUGAUGGAAAUGAAAAAGAAAUUAUAACUAAAAAUGUUGUUCAUAUUAAUAAACAUCCAUUUAUAUUACACAUUUUAUUAAAAAACUAUAAUGUAAAUAUAAAUAUAUAUAAAGAAAUAGAUAUAUUAUUAGCUAGCGACUAUUUUAGUCAUUUAUCUAAUAAUAUUAACAACUUGGACUUUUUUCCUUUAGUAUCCUUAUUUCACCUAUACAUACCAAAAAAAAAAAAAAAAAAUUAUACUAUAGUAAAAAAUUAUAUAUACAAUAGUAAUAAUAGUUAUGACGAGAUAAUAAAAGAUAGACAAGAAAAUAUUUAUGAAGAAGAGGAAAAAGAACAACAAGAAUUAAAUGUUAUACCCUUUCUUGAUAUAAUAAAAAAUUGCAUAUUAAAAAAUAUAUGUGUUCAUAUAAACCACCUAAUGACAAAUAAUAAUAAUAAUAAUAAUAAUAAUGAAAAUAAAGAUAAUCCUAUCAAUGUGAAUAAUAAACAAAAGAAGGUUACCUUUCAUGAUAUUUAUAAAGAAGUCAUAAAUAUUCUAUAUAUUAUAAAAGAUGAUGAUAUAAAAAAUCAUAUUAAUUACAUACAUGUUAUACUUAACACAUUAUAUAAAAAUAUAAAUAAACAUAUUCAUCAAUAUAAUUAUACAUAUUCAAUUAAAUUACUUAGAUAUAUAAAUAGUAUUCUAUCUUUUUACAUGAACCAUUCUUAUAUAUCAAAGGAAAAAAAGACACAAGAAGAAAAAAAUAACUCAAAAUAUUUUUCAUCUCUAAUAGAUAAUAAUUUCUUUUAUAUACAAAAGGAAAAUUUCUCUUUCAAUUAUGUCCAUAAAAAUUAUAAAAUAUUAUAUAACUGGGACAUGAAUAAUACAACAAAUUUAAAUAACCAUAUUAACCAUGAUAAGAAUAAUGAGAGUUAUAAUAAUGAUACUACUAUAUAUAUAGAAGAUCUUAAUAACCUACAAAAUUAUAAUUUAAAAAAAAAAGUACCAUAUAAAACAAAUCCACACAAUUAUGAUAUAUCCUUUGUAUCUAAUAAUAUAGAACAUAAUAAUAUAUUAAAUGAUAAUGAUGUAACAUGGAAUAAUAACUCUUCAUAUAAUUAUCAUCAUCCUGAUGUUUAUAAAAAACAAGAUGAUGAAAUGAAAACUUUACAUAUUAUUAAGAAUAGUCAAAAUGAAUAUAAUUUAAUUUCAACAGAUAUAGAAAGUUAUAAAUAUCUAAUAAAUUUUUCUAUUGAAUUAUUAUAUAUUGUUGUAAAAAAGAUUAAAUAUGUACAACAUACAAAUACUUUUUCAGAUGAAGAAAUAAUAUUAGAAAUAAUUAAUAGAUUAAUUCAUAUUCAUCAUACAAAUAAUACAGAUAUAAAUAAUAUGAUAAAUGAAAAAUCGUUAUUUUUAAAAAAUAUUCCAAAAAAUAAUAUAAUUCAAUCUGAAUGUAAUAAUAAUUCGAUAUACUUUUUCCUUUUUUUAGAUUUUAUUUUCAAUACUUUAAAAAAAAAAUAUAUGUAUAUAUCUCAUAAUGAUAAUCACAUGGACAAAAUAAUUACACAAUAUUACUAUAAAAAUGAAAAUUUUUUUAAAAUUCUCUCAUUACUUAGUAAUAUCAGAUUCUUAUUAACAUGUAAUAAAAUACAACCAAAAAAUAUGAAUCCUCUGAAUCAAAAUAAUACUAUAAGUGAAAAUGAUAAGAUACAUGUAGCUCAUCAAAAAAUAAUGGAAGUCACUACAAAUGAAAAAAAGAAAAUAUGUAUUAGUAAAAUAAAUGAGAAUAUAUAUCAACUAACAAAUGAUAUAAUUUUAUUUUAUACCGAAUAUACGAACAAAAUGAAUAAUCAUGAGAAUAAAAAUGAUGAUAAUCAUAAAUAUAAUCAUUAUUAUCAAAAAGAUCGAUUUUUUCAUAACAAUACUAUAAAUAUACAAUUUUAUUUAUCGUACUUAUUUAAUGAUGUGUAUCUUCAAAAUAAUUAUGCCAUGAGAAAAAUUAUGUUUUCAUACUUUUUAAACAAUUAUAAAUAUAUAUUUUCAUAUCCAUUAUUAGAUUAUAAUAUAACAUAUUUACAAUAUAUAACUAUUUAUAAUUUUCUUAAAUUAUUCAAAAAUGAAAUUAAUGAACCAUCAGAAGAGUAUGAUAAUGUUGUGAAAAUUUUUAUUCGCUUAUUUGAUAAUAAUACAUAUCAACAGAUUGGAGUACAACAAAAUAUUAUUAACACAACAAAUAUUUAUAUACCAAAUGAUAUAAAAUAUUAUAUACAUAAUUUAUAUAAAAUAUGCUAUUUUUUUAUUUUAUCCAAAAAAUUAAUUACAAAUGUAGAAUUUAUUAAUCAAAUCAAUCCUAUCUUUUAUUUAACUUUUUAUAUGAUCAAUCAAUGGAUACAAAAAGAAAGGAGGGGAGGGGAAAAAAAAAAAAAAAAACUAUCCGUUUCAGGUCAUCAUUUUACACAAUUAAUAAAUAAAUGUAUGAACAAAAUAAUUAUCAUAUUUGUUAUACACAAAUAUUUGCAAAUAUUCAAAACAGAAGAUUCUAUAAAAUAUUUAUCAACUUUUAUUUAUGCCACACAUGAUUUAAUAAGUAAAGAAAAUAAAAGAAAAUUAUUACUUUAUGUUUUUCCUUUUAUGAAAGAAAAAAAACACCAAAAUGUGGUAAUUCCUUUGACAUGUCUUUUAAAAAAUGGUGAGCUAGCCAAAAACAAUGAAGUAAAGCUAGAAAAAUAUCAGACAGAAAAAAUAAAUGAAUCAAAAAAUAUACUAUAUCAAAAUGAUAUAAGUGUAACAUGUGACAAAUAUAAUGAACAAACUGUUGAGGAUUAUAAUAGAAAUGAUACCAUCCAUUAUCCAUCAAACUUACAGGAACAAACAAAUAUAAAUAAAAAAAAUAAAGAAGAAAAACAAAUAUAUGUCAACUAUAAUAAUGAUUCAAAAAAAUGUGAUAUCAAAAAUGCAAGCAAAAUAAAUCAUAACCCAAUUGAUAUAAGCAUAAAUGAAAUAAUAAACCAUUUGGAAGAAAAUGAAAAUAUUAAAAUAAGUAAUGACCAAUUACAAAAAAUAUUAAAAGAACAUAUGAAUCAAAUGAAUACAAUAAAACAAGAAAAUAUGUUAUUAAAAAACAAAUUAAAUUAUAUUGUAUUAAAUUUUGAACAUUUUAUUUCUUCAUAUAUUGAUAAUAUUAUAUCAAAUAAAAAUUCACACGUCCUAUAUAAAAAGACAAACAUUUCUAUAAACACUGAAAACAUAAAUAAAGAAACAAAUAAAGAAAUAAUUAAAGAAACGUUUAAAGAAACAAACAAGGAAAUAAUUAAAGAAACAUUCAAAGAAACAGAAAAAGAAAUAAUUAAAGAAACAUUCAAAGAAACAAAUCAAAAAGAACAACAAGAAUAUAUUCAUCUAUAUAAUAAAACAUAUCAUCAAGAAAACAAUCAGGAAACCAAAUUAAGCAUAAAAUUUAAUUAUCAACAAAUGGAUGUUAAAAAUGAAUAUUAUAACACACUUAAAAAAUAUCAAACUAAUCAAUCAUUCAAAAUUAAUAAUAUUUUAAUAAAUAUGUAUAUGUAUAACCCUUAUAUAUGUGCAAAAAAAAAUAAAAAUAUUUUUCUAUCUAAAAAUAAAAAACAUAAAAAAAUUAUUAUUCUUCCUUAUGAUACUUAUAAAAAUAUUAAAAAAAUACUUACAUAUGAUGAUCAUAACGAAAAAAUUAAAAUUUUCAAGUGUCUUCAAAAUGUAAUUUAUUUGUUUUACGAUAGAUUUAAAGCAUUAUUUGAAAAAAUAAAUUAA